GGCUGUGCAUUUGUUUUGGUGGGUACACCGGAAGUGCGUCAUCUACUGUUUUGUCUGUCUAGCGUAAAUAAAAGUUUUCUUACUAUAUUAGACCAUGCGUUCACGUUGAAAUAUUUUUAUCACGUGAAAAAAAAACAUGAAGAGGUUUCAUAUCAACCUUGACGAUUCAGCUUUCACUAAAGGAAGAGCACCGCCAAAGCCACAGUUUCAGUCUUCAUCUGGACAACAAAACUCUACACCUUCGACUGCUUCUACCAUAAAGCCUGCUGCCAAACAAGUUCAGACCCUGUCUUAUGCAGAAUACAUCGUCCAGAGUAAAAGUAAUGUCGCUGCUGUUCCACAGAGAGAUUCAUCCUCCCAAGAGCUCAGGAGUGAAGGUGCUGGACUCUGUGGUCUGAAGCAAGGAGAUUCAGAAUCAUCCAUCAAAGGAGGAGGUUGUGAAACGGACCAAGAUUAUGUUAAAGACAUUGAAGCUCAACCAGAGCGAGUGAAAAAGAGUGAGGAGACACUGAUGGCUGAGGGGAACUUCCAAAAAUCAAAUCCAAGUGUGAAGGGUCCCAAACCAGUGGGGUCUGGGAGCAGCAUUAUUGUUAGUCCUCGACAGAGAGGAAAUCCUAUUCUGAAGUUUGUGAGGAGUGUGCCAUGGGAGUUUGGAGAAGUUGUGCCAGAUUAUGUUUUGGGACAGACAACCUGUGCCCUCUUCCUCAGUUUGAGGUAUCACAACCUAAAUCCAAACUAUAUCCACGAUCGUUUAAAGCUGCUUGGAAACACAUUCACCCUGCGUGUGCUGCUGGUUCAAGUAGAUGUGAAAGAUCCUCAUCAUGCAUUACAGGAGCUGGCUCGUAUCUGUAUCAUGGCAGACUGCACGCUUAUCUUGGCUUGGAGCCCCGAAGAAGCAGGACGCUACCUGGAAACAUAUAAGUCAUAUGAGAAGAAGCCAGCUGACCUCCUAAAGGAGCAAGUUGAAAAAGACUAUCUCUCAAAGGUUACAGAUUGUCUGACGACUGUGAAAUCUGUCAACAAAACUGAUGCCGUAACUUUGCUGUCCACUUUCUCAUCUGUAGAAGGAAUCAUCAAUGCCUCUAAGGAAGAGUUGGUGCUCUGCCCCGGCCUUGGACCACAAAAGGCAAGACGUCUUCAUGAUGUGCUUCACAAACCUUUUCUCAAGUCAAAGACAGAAAACAGCUGAGACUUUUUACACAGUCAAGAAGAAAUUACAUCACU